CGCGGGGGCGGCGGAGCGAGAGCGGCGGCGGCGGGAGCGGCAGCGGCAGAGAUCAGAAUGGUCUUGGCUCAGACCUUCACCAUUUCUCUACUGAUGUAAGCUCUGAAAAUUGCAUCUCCUGGACAGGCCAGUCCCCGCUGCCCUGUGAAGUUGCCCCGGCCACCAGCCCACCUUGACCUGCUGCUCGACUCUGUGUUCCUGUUCAUGGCAAUGCCCCAGAAUUCCACCAGAGAAAAUGGCUUUUGUUUUACUCAGACUCUUGACUUCUCCCACCCUUCUCCUCGUCCUGGCGAUGCCGGCCGGACCUUCAGUGCUGCGAGCGGGCUGGAUGCCUGUGGCACCCCCAUGAGCAAUGGCAUCGCCUCCCCUGGUGUGCCCAGCCCCUCUGACUCGUGUGCUGAACCCCUCUGCUCCACCACCCCGGGAGAGGAGGAGACCCGGUUCGAGGAAGGGAUUAAAUACGUGUCGGCUGAAGGGGAGGAACUGGCCUGUGGCUGGGGGGGGUUCACCCCCGGGUGCUUACAGCUCUGCAACACGUCCAAGGGCGUCUUGUUCUUCCUCUGCGUGGCCUCCUUCCUGCAAGGCAUGACCGUGAACGGCUUCAUCAACACCGUCAUCACCUCCAUCGAGCGCCGCUUCGACCUGCGCAGCUACCAGAGCGGGCUGAUCGCCAGCUCCUACGACAUCGCGGCCUGUGUCUGCCUGACCUUCGUCAGCUACUUUGGGGGGAACGGCCACAAACCACGGUGGCUGGGCUGGGGGGUGCUGGUCAUGGGCUUGGGCUCCCUGCUCUUCGCCUUGCCCCACUUCACCACGGGGCAGUACGAGGCACGCUCGGCAGCCGAGGUGGAUGUCUGCGGGGGCAACCAGAGCCUACCGUGCUCCCAGGCUGCCUCCAGCCUCUCCGGCUACAGGUUUGUCUUCAUGCUGGGGCAGUUCCUGCACGGGAUGGGAGCCACGCCGCUCUACACGCUCGGUGUCACCUAUUUAGAUGAGAACGUCAAGACUAAUUACUCCCCUGUGUACAUUGCUGUUUUCUACACUGCUGCAAUCCUUGGGCCUGCAGCGGGUUAUCUGGUAGGAGGAAUGUUUCUAAAUAUUUAUACUGAAAUUGGCAGAGAGAUCGGCAUCUCCCCGGAGAACACGCUGUGGGUGGGGGCGUGGUGGAUCGGCUUCCUCGGGGCCGGAGCAGCCUCGCUCCUCAUCUCCAUCCCCAUCCUGGGGUACCCCCAGCGCCUCCCAGGAUCCCAGCGAUAUAUUGUUAUGAGGGUGUCAGAGGCUCAUCAGAUAAAGGAUGGGAGCCACAAAAAAGCAUCGGAUCCAGACUUUGGGAAAACAGUUAAAGAUCUGCCUCGAUCAGUGCUGUUACUUCUGAAGAACCCCACCUUCAUCUUCCUCUGCUUAGCAGGAGCAACCGAAGCCACCCUCAUUGCUGGGAUGUCCACCUUUGGACCCAAAUUCCUGGAGUCUCAGUUCAGUUUAAGUGCCUCUGAAGCUGCUACAUUUUUUGGUUAUCUGGUCGUGCCAGCUGGAGGGGGAGGCACAUUCCUGGGAGGAUUCCUUGUGAAUAAAUUCAAACUCCGCUGUUCAGGAAUCAUCAAAUUGUGUUUACUUUGCACAGUGACAAGUCUGCUGGCAAUAUUGAUUUUUUUUAUCCACUGCCCUAACAUGCCAAUGGCAGGAGUAACCCAGAUGUACGAUGGAAGUGCUUUGCCUGGUGGGCAGCUCAACCUGACAGCAGCCUGCAACGCCAAGUGUGGCUGUUUGCAGGACACCUACAGCCCUGUCUGCGGGAGUGAUGACAUCAUGUAUUACUCUCCCUGCCACGCUGGGUGCAGAAAAGUGUCUGAAAAACUCAGGAAUGGCAAGAAGGUCUAUCGUGAGUGUAGCUGCGUCAACAGAACCCUCCUGCCCGGCCCUGGCGAUGCAGAGGCAGGGAAAUGCACCUCGUCCUGUGCGAAAAAGCCCUUGCUCCUGUGCUUCAUGUUCGUGGUCAUCCUCUUCACCUUCCUGAGCAGCAUUCCUGCCCUGACUGCCACUCUGCGGUGUGUUUCCGACAGGCAAAGGUCCUUUGCACUUGGGAUCCAGUGGAUUGUGGUGCGGACACUAGGAGGCAUCCCUGGCCCCAUCGCCUUUGGAUCUAUGAUUGAUAAAUCCUGCCUGCUCUGGCAGGACCAGUGUGGUGAGCAGGGCUCUUGCUACGUGUACCAGAACUCAGCCAUGAGCAGAUACACCCUCAUCGCUGGACUGGUCUACAAGGUGCUUGGGACAACCUUCUUUAUAGUCGCCUGUUUACUCUACAAACCCCCGCCACCGGAGUCGGCUCCAGGCAGCUCGGAUGCAUCCGAAAAUGGCAACGGUGACCUCCAGGAGCACAAGCCUUCACUGCCAGCUGAAGAGGAUAUAUAGUGCUGUACUCGUGCAAGUGACUUUCUCAGCCUCAAAAAUACAAUGAGAAGACGUUAUGCAGUCCCCAGGGGUUUUUAAAUUAACAGUAAUAUUAUAACUUUUUUUUUUUAGCCGAAGAUAAAUAAUUUAAUUAACCACUGGUGUGCUUUGCUGUUUCCUUGAUGGCAGAAGCACAUUUAAAAUCGUGCGCUGGUGCCAUAUGCAGUUAUUUAAUUUUAUUUAAAGAAAGGGCUACCGUAGCUUUAUUCUGUGUCUGUGACAAGCGAGGACCGUGUUCUCCACUCGUGGAAAUAAGCACCAGUAACUCCAAUGGAGCAUGUGGGGUUUAAACCACCAGAGGAUCUGGGCCCUAAUAUCUCAAUUGUAAAGCCAACUGUAGCAAAACGUCUGCUGGGACUUCCCAAGCCUGGAAAGAGCACUGCUGUCCUACAGUCUGCACUGCAGCCAGGACAACUGGCCCUUAAACUGCUGUAUGCAAAGCAGAGGGCCCUGGCAGUGUCCUCCUCCUUCCUGUGACACACAGCAUUCUCUGUUUGUCCAGGAGCAGGUUCUCUUAUUAUGCAAGUUCCUAUUACCAUGUGAUGGGAGAUAGGUUUGAGAGGAGAUUUGAUUAGCAAAUCCAUCAGGACACUACAGGCAGCCUUCCCCAGAGCUGCCGAGCACUGUACACUCACUGCCUCACUCAUUGCAGGGUUUACACCGUGGUGACACUUCAUUUUCUUUCUUGUGUUGUUUCAAAGUGAUGCCUUUUGUAACGUACUGUGCAAAACUUGAACUUCUUGUUGUUUGCUGGGUGUGGGAAGACAUGAGAUACAGAUCUAUGCAAUGCUUCUCUUUGGUUGUUCUGGAAAGACAUUGGGGUUGGGUAAAUGGAAAAGUUAGAGUGAAUUUAGUUUGCCUCUAGACCACUACCUUAAGGGAUAGGACUGCCUUGUGGGAAGGGGAUGCUGACUUGUAACUGGCCUACUUGCAAGCAGAGAGGGCAGUGUUCCCAAAGUGACCUUUGAAUGUGCACUUGCAAGAGUGACCAGGAGCUUUCUGUGGGGCAAAAGUAGAAUUUGGGCAUGUUUAGGUCUGGCUUCCCUCUCAGUCCAGAUCAGGAAAGGUUAGUGCUUGGCCUGCCUGUAUUUGCACAGCCACAUGACCUGGGUACAUCUCCAGGGGAGGCUGU